AUGCAAUAUACCUCUGCCACCAUGCAGUUCGGCUCUGCUGAUUGGCAACUUGGGCCUUCUUACCCCGCUUCUCAAGACAACAAUCAUUUGAUCGACACUUCUUCCCUUUUGGCCAGUUCUUCCGCCUCGACUGGCCACCUUAUCGCACCGGACGCCUCUCUUUACCCCACUGCUGACUUCAACCUCUUCCCUACUGGUGAUUCGCCGUAUCUUGGUCAUGAUUUCCAACUGUUUCCCCAAGGCCAUGCUUCACUUCCUACUGCUGGAAAUACUAUUGAUACGCUUGCUAUGGCUCAACGCAUGAAACUUUCCAACAACAUGGAUACGGCAGCGCAAAUGACCAGAGAUGGCUCUCAGUCUGAUUCUUCUUGGACAAGCCACAAGGACCGGAGCUCGUCAUCUCCGGAGCACAUUUCUUCGUCCAAGACAUGCUCUACUAAAAGCAGUCCUGUGGUACAAGAGCCCUCUUCGCGUAUUGAGAAACGAAAAGCCAAUACGCUUGCUGCCCGUCGUUACCGCCAGAAGCGGGUUGAUCAAAUGAGUACUAUGGAAGCUGAACUGAAAGAGAUCAAGGCCGAACGGGAUGAACUCAAAGUCCGCAACGCCAGGCUUGAAGGCGAGGUGGAAACUCUCCGUGCCCUUCUUCGUGCGCAAAAGUAA